UCUCUGGCAGCUAAUGAAGCAGCUGCUGAGCCAGCUCUGGUUUUCAGGAAGUCAGAUGACCUUUCCUCUCUCUGUGCUCUCUGCCUCUCCCUGCCCCUAAAGUGGACACCAUGGACCCACUAAUGGCUGUCCUUUGCCUGCUGCCCCUAUUCCCAGGCUUGGCUGCAGCCAUUCCGUCCUGCUCUCAGAACGUGCAAAUCUCUGGUGGCAAUUUCACCCUCAGCCACGGCUGGGCCCCUGGGAGUGUCCUCAUCUACUCCUGUCCCCUGGGCCGUUACCCAUCCCCGGCGUCUCGGCUGUGCUUGAGCCAUGGACAGUGGCAGACCGCGAGAUCCACCCGGCUGACAAAGGCAGUCUGCAAACCUGUUCGUUGUCCAGCACCUGUUUCCUUUGAGAAUGGCAUGUAUACCCCACGGAUGGGCUCGCACCCUGUGGGCGGCAACCUGAGCUUCGAGUGUGAGGAUGGCUUCAUGCUGCGGGGCUCGCCUGUGCGGCAGUGUCGCCCCAACGGCAUGUGGGACGGUCAGACGGCUGUGUGCGACAAUGGCGGCAGCCACUGCCCCAACCCAGGUAUUUCGGUGGGCUCGGUACGAACGGGGUCCCGGUUUGGCCUUGGGGACAAGGUCAGCUACCGCUGCUCCUCAGACCUGGUGCUGACGGGGUCUGCGGUGCGGGAGUGCCAGGGCAAUGGUGUCUGGAGUGGGACGGAGCCCAUCUGCCGCCAACCCUACUCGUAUGACUUUCCUGAGGAUGUGGCCCCUGCCCUGGGCGCCUCCUUGUCCCACAUGCUUGGAGCCACCAAUCCCACCCAGAAGAAGAAGGAAACUGUGGGCCGAAAAAUCCAAAUCCAGCGCUCUGGUCACCUGAACCUCUACCUGCUCCUGGACGCCUCUCAGAGUGUGGCCGAAGAAGACUUCCGCACCUUCCAGGACAGCGCCAUCCUCAUGGUGGACAGGAUCUUCAGCUUUGAGAUCAACGUCAGUGUCGCCAUCAUCACCUUUGCCUCAAAGCCCAAAAUCAUCUUGCCUAUCUGGGACAAAAACUCCCGGGAUGUGACCGAAGUGAUCAGCCAUCUGGACAACAUCAACUAUAAAGACCAUGAAAAUGGAACUGGAACCAACAUGUAUGAGGCUCUAAAUAGUGUCUAUACGAUGAUGAAUAACCAAAUUCAUCGCCUCAGUAUGGACACAGUGACCUGGCAGGAAAUCCGACACGCUAUCAUCCUUCUGACAGAUGGAAAGUCCAAUAUGGGGGGCUCUCCCAAACCAGCUGUUGACAGUAUCAAGGAGAUUUUGAACAUCAACCAGAAGAGGAACGACUAUCUGGACAUCUAUGCCAUCGGGGUGGGCAAGCUGGAUGUGGACUGGAGAGAACUGAAUGAACUGGGCUCCAAGAAGGACGGCGAGAGGCAUGCCUUCAUCCUGCAGGACACACAGGCUCUGUACCAGGUCUUUGAGCACAUGCUGGAUGUCUCCCAGCUCAUAGACACCAUAUGUGGGGUGGGAAACAUGUCAGCUAAUGCCUCUGCCCAGGAGAGAACACCCUGGCAUGUCACUAUCAAGCCUAAGAGCCAGGAGACCUGCCGCGGCUCCCUCAUCUCAGACCAGUGGGUCCUGACUGCCGCUCACUGCUUCCGCCAUGCCGACGAGGACCGUUCCCUGUGGAGGGUCAACGUGGGGGAUCCCAACUCCCAGUGGGGCAAAGACUUCCAAAUUGAGAAGGUGGUAAUCUCCUCGGAGUUCAAUGUCUUUGCCAAGAAGCCUCAGGGAAUCCUGGAGUUCUAUGCUGAUGACAUUGCGCUGCUAAAGCUGGCCCAGAAAGUGAAGAUGUCCACCCAUGCCAGGCCCAUCUGCCUUCCCUGUACGGUGGGGGCCAAUCUGGCCCUGCGGAGACCCCCAGGCAGCACCUGCCGAGAGCACGAGAACGAACUUCUGAACAAACUGAGCGUUCCUGCUCAUUUUGCGGCCUUGAACGGGGACACACUGAACAUUAACCUCAAGACAGGGAUGGAGUGGGCAAGCUGUAUCGAGGUCGUCUCCCAAGACAAGAAAAUGUUCCCCAAUUUAACAGAUGUCAGAGAGGUGGUAACAGACCAGUUCCUAUGCAGUGGGACCGGGGAAGAUGACAAUCCCUGCAAAGGAGAAUCCGGAGGAGCAGUUUUCCUUGAGCGGAGAUUCAGGUUUUUUCAGGUGGGCCUGGUGAGCUGGGGUCUCUACAACCCCUGUAGCAGCACCAAUAAAAACUCCCGCAAGAAAGCCCCCAGGGGCAACGUCCCACCGCCGCGAGACUUCCACAUCAGUCUCUUCCGCCUGCAGCCCUGGUUGAGGCAGCACCUGGAGGGUGUCCUGGACUUUUUGCCCCUCUAAUCAUGCCCACUGAGCCCUCUGCUGUCCUGUGGGGCCUGCCAUCUGUCCCAUGUCCUACCUCUGAAUGUCUGUCCCCAGACCCAUCCUCACCCAGUGCCCACCCUCAGCUUAACGUGACUCACUCUCCUUUCACUUUCACAUGGAAUUCCCCACUUAUGAAAUUAAUAAAAAUCAGUGAUUUCCA